CUUCAGUGUUGUAUAACUUUAUCUAAUUUAACAAAAGAUUGAGAGUGGAAAAUGACGGUGAAAAGGCAGAGUUUGUUGCGAGAAGCCUCUCAUCAGACAGUUGCCGGAGGGUCUGCGGAUACUGUCCUGGGACGCAGAUUUAUACACACAUCCAAGGCUAAACAACACUUGUAAGACCGCUGGGAUUAACUGCUUCAUCAGCGUUGGCUGAUCUCAUAUCACGGAUUACAUCAUCGACAAGCAGGAACUUGCUUUCCUGGCUGCAGCUUGGAUCCAUCGGCGAGGUGAGUGCCAAGGCCUCGUGGUGAAGUGCAAUUCGAGCAAAGCCAUGUCCCCUUUGACGUCAGCCUUCUGCUCAAUGACAGUGUGUUCAGCUCCAUGAAGGUCAACCAUUUGAGACAUUUCUCCCGUUCCCAUUCAAGCCACUGAGAUUGUCGAGGUAGGUCUUGUGGAAAUUUGCCUGAUGCAUCCCCUCGAUGUGGUGAAAACCAGGUUCCAAAUUCAGAGAGGAAAAGGUGAUGCCACCAGUUACAAGAGUCUUGGCCACUGCUUUAAAACAAUUUUUCAUCAGGAAGGGAUUCUUGGCUUUUACAAAGGAAUUUUACCUCCCAUCCUAGCUGAGACACCUAAAAGGGCUGUGAAGUUUUUAACUUUUGAGCAGUAUAAGAAGAUAUUAAGUUAUGCUUCACUGCCUUCUGGUGUGAUUUUUCCAGUUGCUGGACUGGGAUCUGGACUCACAGAAGCAGUUGUUGUCAACCCUUUUGAAGUGGUCAAGGUUAGCUUACAAGCUCAACGAAAUUCUUUUUCAGAGCCUGUCUUGCCUGACCUUCGAACUCAAGCCAGGCGAGAUCCAGGCACUGCAGCUCAUCCCCAAGGCUCAGCGUUGAAGUGUACCUCUAUCAAAUUGAAGGACAACAUGGCCCUUUUUACAGCAGUGGCUGCCAUAAGCCAGCAACCAUCCACAUUUGCUUAUGCAAGUGAAAUAAUUCGAACGCAGGGUUUUGGACUACAGGGCCUGAACAAAGGACUGACAGCAACAUUAGGGCGUCAUGGUGUAUUUAACAUGAUCUACUUUGGAUUUUACUUCAAUGUGAAAAAUAUGAUCCCUGUGAAUGAGGACCCAGCAAUGGAGUUCUUGAGGAAACUUGGAAUUGGAUUAUUGUCGGGAACGAUUGCUUCUUGUGUUAACAUACCUUUCGAUGUAGCAAAGAGUAGGAUCCAAGGACCACAGCCUAAGCCAGGAGUGAUUAAAUACAGGACAUGUUUCAGCACUAUCAAGACUAUCUAUCGGGAGGAAGGAUUCUUUGCAUUGUACAAAGGCUUGGUACCAAAGAUCAUGCGGCUAGGACCAGGAGGUGCAGUUAUGCUCUUGGUUUAUGAAUAUUCUUUUGCCUGGCUUCAGGAAAACUUCUGAUUCAAACAGAACAAAAUGUGGCUGAAACAGUUGUAUUUUCUUAUGAAACACAUGUUACAGUGCCCUCAAUAAACUUGUGUAAACAUGCAGAAUAUUUUUUUCAGAGGACAUUCAACGGAACCUGUAUUCAAAGCAAACAAUAUAUAAUUGAAAGGUAUUUCCUUGUGUCAAUAAAUUAACUUAGCAUGAUUAUCUAACACGUACAACAAUUUUUACAUUUCUGAAUAAAACAAAUAUUUUGUAAUUCACACUUUUUUAAUUUAGAUAUGAUAUAAAAAUAAAAGGCUUUCUUACAAAUA